CUCGAGACCCAACACUGUGUUGGCCAUGUUGCACUCAUCUCAGGUAAUUUGCGCUGGUCGCGGUCGCUUGGCCGGUGUCUGCCUCUCCUUUCCCUGGUCUUGGGUCUUGGGUCUUAGGUCUUGGUGCCUCAAGCUCCUCGUGCCUGUUGGUGUCGUCGUCGUACACUUUUUACCUCUGUUCACCAGACCCGUCGCUCUUUUGUAUCUUGGUCGUUCCUUUUUCGCGUCACUCCUUCGUCCUCGUUGGAAACCAGACCGUCGUCGACGACAGUCUGUCGCUAACAGCACAGCUCUGCGAGCCGACCCACGUUCCUUACCAUCAACCACCACCAACUGACCCCAGUCAUUCCUUUAUACAGUGCCAAAGUAUCCAAGCCGAAGCCCGCGACCAUCGCACCUAGCCUCUCUCUCAAGGCCCACCGAAACUCCAUUUACAAACCUUUGUACAGCAUAGAUCGGUGUAUGAGCUUUCUCAAUGCGGAAACGGACGUUUACCUCGAGCGCGAGCGCAUUGCUCCUCCUGACCGCGACUCUGGUCAGCGCAAAGCAUGCAUCCCAUGAUCACCUCGAUAUCCUUCACAGAAGGCACCGUGCAACUCGACAAGUUGAGCCUCGAUCAACCAGCGAGAAUGGCGAGGCAGGUGUUGAGAUUCGAGCCCUAGCAGAAACCGCCUCGCACAAGGUAGAGAAAAGGGCUGGAACAUGUCAAUUUCCUACAGACGCUGGAUUAGUCCCUGUCACCAUGGGUGCACAGAAUGCUGGUUGGGCUAUGAGCCCAGAUCAGCCUUGCAAACCAGGUAAUUAUUGCCCGUAUGCUUGUCCUCCUGGUCAAGUGUCUAUGCAAUGGGACCCUACUGCAACAUCCUACACAUAUCCAAAGUCUAUGAAUGGUGGACUGUAUUGCGACAAUAACGGAAAUAUUCAGAAGCCAUUUCCCGAUCGGCCGUACUGCCAAAGCACCAGUUCCAAUAUCGGUGUACAGAACCGAGCGGGCGGUGUCGUGUCGUUCUGCCAAACCGUCCUUCCCGGCAACGAAGCCAUGUUGAUCCCAACUUCAGUAUCGGACUACGCCAGCAUCGCAGUGCCUGACCCCAGCUAUUGGUGCUCGACUGCCGCUCACUACUACAUUAACCCCCCUGGAGUGGGCACUGAAGAAGCUUGUGUCUGGGGCACCAACGCAAACCCCGUAGGGAAUUGGUCACCCUAUGUCGCGGGCACCAAUGUCGAUGCAUCUGGCCAAACCUUUAUCAAACUCGGCUGGAACCCCAUUUACCUUGAACCAACCACACCCUUUCGAAAUGAGAUGCCGAACUGGGGAGUCCGGAUCGAGUGUCCUAACGGUGGAUGCAACGGACUGCCGUGUGCUAUUGACCCAACCCAAAACAAGGUCAACAGCAUGCAAGGAAGUUCGAGUAACGGAGCCGGAGGGGGUUCAUUUUGCGUCGUCACAGUAUCGAAAGGAUCCACCGCCAAUUUUGUCGUUUUCAAUGCUGGAGGCGACACAAGUAGCAAUACGGGUGGUGGCCAGGCCAGCAGUUGGGGCGGCAGCGACUCCAGCACCUGGGCAAAUAACAACGGUGCUGGUCAAUUUUACCAGUCGGCUACCGAAACGCCAGAUGCCUCGUCGACGGUUGAGGCUGAGGCAACAUCAACCUACACUACCAGCUGGGCGGCGGAGACAACCACAACGUCAGCAUCGGCCUCCACAACAACUUUCGACCGGAAUUGGCCAAAGAGUAAUUCGACGACGUACACACCUGGGCGCCCAUCGCAAUCGCCGCACUAUUCCCUUUUCAAUACCGAGUCUGUUGCAACCCAGACAUCACCGUCGAGUUCAAGUGGCGAGGCAGCAACUACACAAGCCCCUUCGUCGACACAUAUAUCACCUUCAAUAAAGACUGCCACGGGCGCUGCGUCGCUAAUGCAGGCCUCAAUACUCGGUCUCGUAUCGAGCGUGGCCCUCUGCCUGCUUGCUUCAUUAUGAUAUCCCCAUUGAUCUGCCAAAGACUCACUUGAUCCCCAAGUAAUGAGUUUGCUGGUUCAUCAAGCUAGCUUGAAAGAUCAAACUAUGUGGCGCAGCUGGCCUUGCGGAGAGGAGUACUCGUCGAUAUGAUGACACCUUGGGAUUCGUUUCAUGUUUUACCUUGUUGCGCCGUUUAUGUCACGGCCUGUUGGACAUAGAUAUAUCGAAGCACAUACAGCACCGUCGACUGGAACAGUCGAGCCAGGCGGCUCAACUGGACAGAUGAAGACAGGGUUUGGCUGAGCGAGGUAGAAACAGUGGCAGGCACCAUAUUUGUUGGAAUUAUUGUGGCUACUUUGCCAGUGUUGUCGAUUGCGCUUUUGGAACGAGAAAUUCCUACAUUCGAGAAGUUUGCUGAUAUGUUGGCCGACAAGGCACCUAGAAGAGAAGAGGAAGAGAGACAACAGGUCGAUGACUCGCUGGGUGUGAUGCUGUGUGUUGUUCACCAGAUGGACGUUGGUGACAUGUUUUCUCCUUGCGUUGGAUGGGGGAUGAGGAUCUUCUAGCACAUAUUUCUCUAGACACAUGUGUAGGUGAGCGUGUGUUGUAUACAACAUCUGACGAUAAUGUUAUUCUGGUAUACUGAAAAUGGUUUUGGUCAAAUGUAGGGUUCAGUGACUGACUUUCAUGGGGAAACUUGGUGGAGAGGAGCCUGAGGCAUCGGCCCUUUAACUAAACAUCAGGUGCAGAUCUACCACUGGGGUAUUGUGUUACUAACCCCUAGGCCAGCC